AUGCAGCGGUGCAUCUUCACGGGGUGCCCCAACCAAGUUGUGUCGGACGAUUCCGGCAAAUGCUUGUUCCAUCUCCACCGGAGCAAGUGUGUGACUCCGGGGUGCGCCAACCAGGUCUACGCUCGCAAUCUGUGUGUGCGCCACGGAGACGGAUGUCAAAGCCAAGUGCACUUACAAGGCAAGUGCUUUCGCCAUGGAGGGAACCGCCAGUGCAUUGCCAACGGCUGCGAGGCGAUUGCACGGCUUCGAGGGCUGUGCGCCAGGCAUACACCGAAACCCCCACGCCUGACCAGCCACCACGCGGGCGGGGACUCGUCUCCGGGGACCGCGAGCCUCGCCUCGGUGCACGCCGAAGUGUCGAGAUUGCUGGCGUAUUACUACAACGAUGACGAAACGUGA